GUGCAUCCGAUGGACCGCGCACCUCCGUCUCCUCAGACUGCACCAGAAUCGCCUGCUGGCCGACCUCCUUCUCCACUUAUACAGGCGGAGGUCAGCACCCCGCAGCGCAAUGGCUACGGGCGUCCUCCCAGGCCAAAGCCAACACCAGGACAGACAAACAGUCCUGCUAGUGCUGGCUCUGCACACCCCAGGAGGCCCAGUGAAGAGCGAAGGCCACGCCCAAGGCCCUUGGCGGACGGUGCAGGUCGAAGAGCGCCGAGUGAGCCACCCCGAGGCAAACAAGACGAUGAUUCCGUGCCUUCCAGCAGAGCCGGACGAGGUGGCCCUGGGGCGCCUGGGGCAGCGCGGGCCAAGGCUCGCUCCUUGUCAGCCAACCGAGCACCGGAGAAGGUCCGGAUUGGCGAUGCUGCUCCUCCCAUAGAUCGGAAGGACGUUGGCAAGGUGCCUGCGUACUUGAAGAGACGUCAGGAGGAGCUCGCGGAGGAGAAGAGGAGAGCAGCGCGACCCGUCUCACCUCAGCCUCCGCCAGGAUACAGAAAAGUCGACGAGGAGGAGCGGCAGGAGACGCUGGACGUCCUCAGGCAGCGAAAGGUGGAAGUGGAAAAAGCGCAGAUGAGCCUGCCUUUCAAAAUCGAGACGAUCGGUCAGAAACAGCGCGAGAAGGAUCUGAAUGACCGUCUGGUUCAUAUUGAGAAGCUCUCAGGAAUGUUCUCGAAACCUGUGGUCUUCGUACCAGCUGAUGCUGGGCCCAUCGCCGCUUCGCUGCCUUCCCUCGGUGCGGACAGGGAGCGCAAAGCCCUCGAGGUCUUGCCUUCGAAUGACCAGCGCAAUGACAGGCAUGAGCGGCGUGGGAUUGUCGUGCAUCAAGCUCCCGGUGGCCAGUCGAACCUGGUGCUGGGCUAA